CCGCCAGCAGCACCCCGAGCCCGAGCCGCGCCGGCGCCCCCACCGCCUGCUGGGACCGCGCCGGAGGAGCGGAGGCCCCGAGGGGACAGAGGACACGCAGCGGGAGGCCCCAGCCGAAGAUGCCGCCGCCCUGGGCCCUGGCGCUCCCGCUGCUGCUCCCCUGGGUGGCAGGUGGCUUAGGGAACGCGGCCAGUCCCAAGGAUCGCGGACUCUCGACGUCUGCACUGCAGCCUGGGCUCUGUCGCUAUGGGGCUAAGCUGGCCUGCUGCUAUGGCUGGAGAAAGAACAGCAAGGGAGCCUGUGAAGCUACCUGCGAACCUGGAUGCAAGUUCGGGGAGUGUGUGGGACCAAACAAAUGUAGAUGCUUUCCAGGAUACACUGGGAAAACCUGUGGUCAAGAUGUGAACGAGUGUGGCAUAAAGCCCCGGCCGUGCCAGCACAGAUGUGUGAAUACGCAUGGGAGCUAUAAGUGCUUUUGCCUCAGCGGCCACAUGCUCAUGCCGGAUGCCACAUGUGCAAACUCCAGGACGUGUGCCAUGACAAACUGCCAGUACAGCUGCGAAGACACGGAGGAAGGGCCGCGCUGUCUCUGUCCAUCCUCGGGCCUCCGCCUGGCUCCAAAUGGAAGAGUUUGCAUAGAUGUUGAUGAAUGUGCCUCCAGUAAAGCCGUCUGCCCUUAUAAUCGGAGAUGUGUGAACACGUUCGGAAGCUACUACUGCAAAUGUCAUGUUGGUUUUGAACUGAAAUAUGUCAGGGGCCGAUACGACUGUGUAGAUAUAAAUGAAUGUGCCGUGAAUACCCACACAUGCAGCCUCCACGCCAAUUGCCUCAAUACCCCAGGAUCCUUCAAGUGUAAAUGCAAGCAGGGAUACAAAGGCAGUGGACUUCAGUGUUCUGUAAUCCCUGAAAAUUCUGUGAAGGAAGUCUUCAGAGCACCCGGUACCAUCAAAGACAGAAUCAAGAAGUUACUGGCUCACAAAAACAGCAUGAAAAAGAAGGUAAAAAUUAAAAAUGUCAUCACAGAACCUUCUGGAACCCCUGCGCCAAAGGUUAACUUGUGGCCCCUCAACCCUGAAGAGACUGUUUCCAGAGCUAGGACCUCUAAUGGAGGAAAGAAACAGAAAGAAGAGAGAAAGAAAGGGGGGCUUGAGGAAGAGGAAAAAAAUGAGAAAGCCCUGAAGAACCACGUGGAGCAGGAGCAAAGCCUUCGAGGAGAUGUGUUCUCCCCUAAGGUGAAUGAAGCGGGUGAAUUGGGUCUCGUUCUGGCCCACGGAAAACCUGUAACAUCCAGACUGGAACACAAAGAUUUAAAUAUCUCCGUAGACUGCAGCUUUGACCAUGGGGUCUGUGACUGGAAACAGGAUAUAGAAGAUGACUUUGACUGGAAUCCUGCUGAUCGAAAUAAUGCUGUUGGCUACUACAUGGCAGUUCCAGCCCUGGAGGGCCGUAAGAAGGACGUGGGCCGGUUGAAACUCCUCCUCCCGGACCUGCAGGCCCAAAGCAACUUGUGUUUGCUCUUUAAUUACCGGCUGGCUGGAGUCAAAGUAGGGAAACUGCGAGUGUUUGUGAAAAACAGUAACAAUGCCCUGGCCUGGGAGGAGACUGGAAGUGAGGAUGAAAGGUGGAAGACUGGGAAAAUUCAGUUGUAUCAAGAGACUGGCACUACCAAAAGUAUCAUUUUUGAAGCAGAACGUGGCAAGGGCAAAACUGGAGAAAUUGCAGUGGACGGCGUCUUGCUGGUUUCAGGCUUAUGUCCAGAUGGCCUUUUAUCUGUGAAUGGCUAAAUGUUACUGUGCUCUUUUGUAUCUUUAUAUUUAGCUUUUUUAUGUCAGUUCUCUGUUUUCUAAUAUUACAUCAUAGAUUGCCCCACUUUAGAAAUGCAAACUGAAAAAUUGUAAUGUAUCAACAGAAACGUUAUUGUAAGCUGCCUUUCUUACGUAAGAUAUGCCAAUAUCUGCUUUAAGAACCACUUGUCACCUCAUUCAUUUCUGAAUUUAUAAAAUGUAGAAAUGUGGAAAAAGCUCAGCUUCGCCCCACCCCAGUAUAUCUGAUUCAUCUACACAAGUUGAUGGACCUCUAUGUAACAUUUUUAGAAUUAUAAAAAUACAACAAACAAACAACAAAAACCCCACAGAGAAUCGUUUCUCUGUUUGACUUUUCUGGCACUUCUUAGAAGCUGACAUCACAGAUUUUUAUCUAAGUGGCUUAGCCUGAUCAUUUACAGCCCAGCUUAUAUAUUUAAAUUCUUUGUAAUAAUAUUCAAAUAAUCACCCGUGUCUUGGUUUAAGUUUUUUCUAAGUAAGAAAAUGUGUUAUUGGUGUUCUGUUUCAAAAUGUAUAUAAUUAUUUGCUUUACUGGGAAAUAUAGGUUUCCUUCUUUUUCUUUGGAAAUACUUUAUAUUCUUAAAAUUCUUAAAAUUAUUUCCUUUUGGGACGCCUGGGUUGCUCAGUGGUUGAGCAUCUGCCUUCAGCUCAGGUCAUGAUCCCAGGAUCCUGGGAUCCAGUCCCAGAUCAGGCUCCCCACAGGGAGCCUGCUUCUCUCUCUGCCCCUCUCUAUGUGUCUCACAUAAAUAAAUAAAAUCUUUUAAAAAAAAAUGUGUAGUCUCAGUCUUAAAUUUUUUUAAACUGAAACUUUUAGUAAUCCUUUAUUUAAAAAAAAUCAUAAUCUCUUUUCAACAAUGUUCUCUUUAAUACAACCAACACAUACACACAACCUUUUAAGAUGUUAGGGGGAAAACACUGGGUUUUUUUUUAGUGUGAAGUAAUUUUGGCAUACAAAGUCUUGUCUUCAAAGGUUGUCAUUGCAUCUGUUAGGAUAACCUCUAGUUAUAGAAACCCCCAAAAUAGUCUUUCAAAUGAGACCGGAUGAAGAUGUGCCAAGCUAAGUCAAAUCAGCCUGCAGAAUUGUGAGAGAUAACAAAAUGGCUGUUUUAAGACACUAAGAUUCGGAGUGGUUUGUUCUGCAGCAAGAGCUAACUGGUACAGGUGAUUUCUAAGACUGUGACACAACUUGAAGAAGAACCCCCUGUUUCUUCAGUGACCGAGGAAAUUCAAGAGCACAGUUACAGCUUAGAAUCAAGGAAGACAGAAGGGAGAACUUGGAACAAAGGACCAGUGUGUCCCAGUGAUCCAGGUUAAAAGAAGAGAUGUUGAAUCAGAAAUGAAAUAGGGAAGCCUGGGAAUCAGGUUAGUUAUGGGUAGAAAGUCAUUAAAUUCAUUGCACAAGGCUGAGUUAAGCAGAGUUAAAUCAUAGCAUUUCAUGUUUCUUUAAGAUCUCUAGUGGAGAUUUCUAGCUGCCUACCCAAUAUCCAUUCUUGAAUUUUUUCCUUACUACUAUGACCAUGUAAAAAAAUACUUAUAUGUGUGUGUGUUUGUGUGGGGUUUUUUUGUUUUGUUUUGUUUUUGGUUGGGGGAGUGGAAUGUGCUGAAUUAGAAGGCUGCAUCUCCCGACCUCUCGGAGAUGGAGAGCCUCCUGAAGUCAUUGGUGGGGCUUCCAGGAAGGGUCAUUAAAGAGAGUUGUCAGUUCGCCGCCCCUCUUGGCCUUUCUCUUCCCGUUCCUUCCUGCAGUGUGUUUGGUUGUGAAGGCAGGAGCUCUGUGAGCUACCUUGCAAUCAUGAGGUCAAAGGUCGUAGCUCAUGGAGGAGCGCAUAGCUGGAAGAAGCCUGGGUCCCGAUAACCUUGUGGCAUCCCUAUUCCUGUCCCAAACCCGUCACUGGUCAACAUUUUAUAAAUGAGAGAAAAACGAACCCUCUCUCGGCCUAUCUAGGAUUUCAAACAAAAAGCACAAUCCAGACUCUGGUGAUACUCUUCCCUGACCCCUGGGGGCUGCCCCUGCCAUUCCCACCCCAGGACCGUAGUCUUGGGGGACUAGCUCUCUGGACCCCUACAUACCAACAUACUGUCUGGGAUUCCAGUCAACAGGCUACAGUGUCCUGGAGCUCUAGCCCGCGCUAGCAUCUUAUCAUACUUGGGUUCCUUUGGGGGAAGCUCAGCUCAAGUAAUUUAGCCAUGACGCACGUCCGUUGUCCCUGGGGCCGCUCAACCCGAAAGGCCCUUGUCAUCCACCGCCUCCCGCUCUCAGCCCCACACCGUUAGGGGCUUCUUCCUGGACACUAGCUUCCACUCUUCCUGCCCUCUCCCCAUCACACCUACUGCAUCGUCCGCUAAACAAACUCCCCUCCCUCACCGUCGGCUGAGCUGAGCUCUCUCCGGGCCUCCCUCCCCCCGUGCAGCCUUAGCAAACGAAGGCUGCUCAUCCUUCCACGCUGCGCACACGCACGGGCCAGCUGAAGGUGGCACCUGGUUGCUCCACUCUUGGUCACAAUCUCCUACUUCUCUACUUCACGGAAAAGCCACUGUUCCUUGAGGAUGCGCUUAAAUAGCUCUACGGUCCUCUCUGCCCUUCCUCGCCAUUGUCAUCAACCGAUGUGGGGACAUCUAUGCGAAUGACCAAUCCGAUGUCCUAGCCUGACAGUUCUUUGACCUCUAUUCCAGUCACCACAGUCUCCCCGGUCACCGCACCAUGGCCACCACCUUGGACUUGAUCAUCACCUCUGAGCUUGAACUCCAACACCGAAAGCUCUAGUUUGUCGGGCUUUCUCGUAAUCUCCUCAUGCUGCUCCUUUGGACCUUUUGAAAGCCCGUUCCCUUGACAUCUUCAUUUUCUUCCCAUCUCCUGCCUUCCUAUCUGGACUCUAAUAAAACAUAACCUCGAUUCUAAGGCGCAUCAUCCCUUCAGAGACACUCCUGACAAUACCCCCACGGCCCACACUCUUGUCUUCCUCCACCACGGCCACCAAAGGGAGCCCCGACCUUGCUUACCCCACUGGCUGCUUCUCUCUAUCCCAUCACCGGGCUGCUGAGCAGUGCUCCCCAAAAAUGACACGUUGUGCACAUCGCUUCUUCAACAAAACCAUGAUCUCCAGCCCUUCCCAGACCCCGAGCACUGCCCAAAUCACCACUGAACGGUGCUCGCCUAUUCGCUGGCAUAGGCGAGGUAUCAUUUACCAGGAUGUCCUACAUCCUCUGGCCUCACAGAUUGACACAUGGAAAUGACAAUGGCACGAGUCCCCAUUCUAGCCUCCUCUCUGGGGCUGAACGUCAGGAGCUGACUAAAGCACCAAGUUGAUUUUGAGAACCCAUCCGGGCCUUUGUCAUAAGCAGGGAGGGGUACUGGAAGACACUGGGGGUCCCUGCUCCAGGGGUUGGGAAAAGCCUCCUUGUGACCAGGAAAGCCUGUCCUGUCCCCCCCCCUUACAGACCUCAGGAGACUUCAGCUCCGCGUGGGAGGUGCAUCCUUCACCUCAUCUGUAAGAUGACAGCUGGGCCUUGGCCAACACCCCGACCCCUUCUGCUUGGGCUCUUGAUGCCUCGCUGAGACCAUACCCACCUGCGGGCAGACCCGAGGUAGCCGCUGUGUUUGGUCCUCUUUUUUUUU